AUGAGUCUGAUUGGUGAUGGAGAUGCAUCUGAGAACUGGCAACAGCAAGUUGAGGAGAUCUCUGCACUUUCUGCAAUAUAUGGGGAAGAUUUCAGGUUGGUUGGGAUCAAGGGAAUCCCUGAGAGUAUGCAGCAGAGGGACCUGGACAUCGGUUCCCUUGCCGACAUUCAGCUCAGCAGCUAUGAUGUAACAUUGGAAGGAGAGGUGCAUAUUUCUGCAAUACUCCCAAAUGGGGAGGUGGAACUGCAAGUGGGUGGCGACUCUGGUAAUUCAAGCAGUGCCACCGAGAACAGAUAUCCGGCUGGGAAGGUGUGGUUCACUGUGCAUGAAGCCACACACAGCGACUGCCUGCUUUGUUGCUUGAAAUGGAUGGUUGAUCACCAUGCGCUGAAUAUGAGAAACGUAUUAUUUAUUUUGUGGAUUAUGAGCUCUAUUUCUAAGACUGUGCCUAUUCUCAACAGGUUGAGCACCUUCCUCCCUUGUCCCUGCGUCUAUAUUUCCAUCCAGGGUACCCUUCCUUGCAACCUCCAAGCUUCCUUUUGA